UCGGUUUUGCAACUUAUUUUUAUUAUUUUUACUUUUUUGUAUUUCCCAGCGCUGAGUAUCAAAACUGGAAUAUGCAAUUUCACCAUUACUACUCCUGGUCUGUUUGCGUUUGAAAAGGUUUCCUUUGAGAAGCCUUUCAAUGGCGGGCAGGAUGUGAAAGUUUUCGUUUCCAAAAGCCACACAACAAAGAGUUAUAGUGGUGGAGAUGGCGCGGCUAUUUGGGUGGAAUCUGUUGAUAAUAAAGAAUUUACAGUUUGUGUUUUAGAGUACGGAGAUGGUUCUAGUGGGACUACGGAAGUGAACUGGAUGGCGCUGCAAUCUGUUCCUGUUGGCGCUCAACUAGACACAGUCUCGUUGGAUUCUUGGACUACUGGAGAAAAGUGUAAAAGGAUCGCCUUUGAAAAGGUUACCGCUGUUUCCCCUUGCGUUUUCGUUAAGUUAAUAGUUCUUACUGAUUUAGGUAUUUCUGUUUGCUCAAACCUAGACACAAGAUUUCACUACGUUAUUUUUUGAGCUUUGCUUGACUGAGUGGCUUUAACUUCCUCUUUCUUUAUUUAGCUCGUAGGAGCUGCAGACGUUCCAUUUGACUUCUUUCUUAUAUCUUUAAGUCAUGCGAUAUAACAUUGUUGCAUUAUAAAAUACGAUUCUUUAUUCGUUUACCAAGAUCUUACAUAUAUUGCUACCUCUAUUUUCUUCCAUCAAAGUUAUCUUGCAAUCUGUCCUCCACUUUUCUUGAUCAUUUCAAUUUUUUUAUUUACAUUAAUACAUCUUUAAAAAGCUUUAACAAUCUUCAUAUUUUUGCUAAUUUUUGCUCUAAAAAAUUUAGUGAGAAAGUCUAUAUUUCGAUUCCUUUUGUAUCUACGUUGCCAGGUUCAUGAUUAUCGUUUUAUUUGCAGAUUUGCAAAUUCUGUGUUUAAUUCGUAAAACUGUUCUUAGUUGUUUUUCAUCUGCACUAGGAAAUUCCAUCCAAUUUGCUUCUUUCAAGUUCAAAAUGAUUUUUUCUAUCACUCUUCCAUCGCUUUAUAUCAUACCCUUGUUUGUUUGAAAAAGAAAUGUAAUUAAUUAUUUUUUUUUUCCCUUUUACUUUUUCAGCGUUUCUCAAUUCCUCCGAGCAUUUACGUAACAGCUCGUCACCAAAUUCUCAAGAGACCUCAGGACGCCUUGGCCUUGUGGGUAGAGGAUGUACGCAGAGAUAGUUUUAAGGUUUGCCUCAGGGAAACUAAGAUUUUUGAUGGUCUGCAUAAAAACAUCAAGGUGGUAAGUGAAUUCCUUUUGUUACCUGUUACAUGUUUGAAAGUAGACUCACACGACAACCAAGCGGUUCCUCCCUUGCUGCAACUUACAGGGGCUGUGCUUUAGCAGAACCCAGUUGCCCCUGAGCUCUACCUUUGCUCUUUGCCCACUAGGAAAUCGUAGCUUUUAUCAUAGAGAUCCUAUGUUGGAUACCCUGUGAUUUACACAGGUUCAGAGCAAUGGGCUCCCUUCUCUUAGAAACAACCUUGACUUGAGAAAGAAUAUAUUGAUAACAUUGUUAAUACUUUUUCACUUGUCCUUCAGGACUGGAUAGCAUUUGUUAAGCUGAUGACGCUGAAUUUUACCUUGAUCCAUGGCCUUGUAACAACAAAGAAUAACUCACCACUAAACAAGCAACAAAACAACACUCUCUGUCAGGUAAAGUAACUAAUCAACUAUACUGUUUUGGUUUCUCAGUCACUUAUUAUAUUCAUAAAUAGAAAGUCUUUCAUAAGUUCAUGGAGCUCUGAUGUUGUUAUCGUUAACUAUUUAAACAAGAUAUAUAUCAUAUACCGCAUAUGUGUAGAAAAACUUAAGAUCGCUGAUUCUUUUCUUGUUUUUUUAGAUAAUAAAGUUCACUGAUGCUUUCUAUGCCCCUCCGGUAGUAAUGGUUUCACCAAGACUCAGUUACCGUAACAACAACUCUCGUUUCUCGGCUUCCGCAACUUGUAACGCAGUUACUGCGUGGAUUCAGGUAACAAAUAUGAAACUUGGAGCCAUUUUUCUUAGUCGUUGCGUCCUUCGGCUGCCUUCUUAUCUUUUCCCUUCUAAUUUACUUUUAGCAUUGUCUCUGUUUCAAUUUUUCAUGUCGUUUAAGGAGUCCAAAAAAGUUUUUUUUUGUUUUGUUUUUUCCCAAUUUUUCCAACCAACCUGUGCACGCCACGGUUUCGCUUUCUAAACGACCUUGGUGUACCUAGUUACAUAGUAGUUAUGGUAAGAAAAUACCUGAUGAUGCUUAAUGAUUGAUAAUCUGAUACUUCUAAUGAUUGUGUCUAGCAUACCUUUACAAACGAAACCGAGGUGUGUAUGAAAAGAUACAGCAAUAACGCCAAUUAUAAGGACAUCGUACAACUGGAUUACCUGGUGAUUGGAGGUACGUAAAAAAUAUAUCAAACCCUUGGUAAAGGCUGUAUGCUGCAGUGUAUCAAGUAUAUUUUAUGACAUGAAUCUUUUGAAGUUGUUUCAUGGAGAGCUUUUUUUCUCUACUUGAUGCUAUUUUUUGUUGUCUCUAUUUUGGGGGAUUGUAGAUUUGGUUGACUGAAAGAACAUGUUACUACUAUAAUUUCGUCGCAAUAAAUUUGUGUAUUCAAGAAAAUGAGAUUUUUUUUGAAAACUAUUAAGACUAAAUUUCUUUGGCACACUGGUGCUCCUGAUCACGAAAUUAAUAGGCUCAUAUGUGAUGUCAUAAGAAAAAAAAUCAGGAACUGAAAAACGGGAUCAUAUGCAUUCUUAUCCUUUUCUUAGAGUCGCCAGUGUCGCAUAUAACUACAAUGCACCUUAUUGGCAUCUUAAAGCAGUUUCAGUUUGUAAUUAAACGAAAUUUUUGCAGAGUCUAUACUUGUUUUCUUGCAUCUAAAGCCACGUGUCCCUUAAUUUACGUUAUAGUUUCUUAAUCUACGUCAGAGCCCCUUUUUUUCUGAAAGGGAUCCGAGUGAAGACUUGCACAAAUGGUGUGCCAAAAUAGCGGUAAAUUUGAACGUGUCAAAAAAUUCUCUUUAAUAACAUUGUGUUCAAAGCAAUUUUUUUUUCGCGCACUUUCUCAUAGUAAUGUGCAUUUUCAAUUCUAAAAAAAAAAAUUUUUAAGGUAUGGGCACUUUAAAUCUAAUCUGUUGUUAUUUGCUUAAUUAUCUUCAGACCUGGAUCCCUGCAUAGACGUUACGUGUUAUUAUCACAGCUUCUGUAAGGCGUUUGGACCCCAUGAUGCACGCUGUGUAUGUGUGGAUAGCUGCCCAUCUUACAAAGAACCCGUUUUCUCAUCAAAGGGCACUACGUACGACAACAGAUGUUUGUUUGAAAGAGAAGUUUGUCUACAUCGACUAAUUUUUACCUUAAAACAUCCUGGCAGCUGUGAAGGUUAGGACAGUUGUUUUUGAAUCUGUUAAAAAGUGAUAUUUGUUUUUAUUACAUUUCAGUAUCUUAGCGAAUUUUUUGAAUGAGCUAUUUACUUACCCUUGUAAUCUGGAGGGAAAACGGCGAUAGAUGCGUGACUUUAUGGAAGUACAGAAUUUUACGUAAUUUUGCUAAAACGCUUGACAGGGGCAAUGCUAAUAAGAAUACUGGUCAGAAAAAGUGGCUGAUACACUUCUGUUUUAAGCAUUUUUAGUCAAUACUCCACGAAAAUAUUUGUUGUUUUUUUUAUAUAUGUAUAACUGAAGCAAAUUUAAAACUGAUUCUUGUUCUCUGAGAUUAGUAGUAUAGUAGUAGUAGUAGUAGUCGUUUGCAUUUCGUACCCGGACGUAGCUCUGCCUAACAUAUCUGGAUAACGCCCUUUCCUAGAGUUAUAUUUUUUUAAGCAUAAUUGGAACUGAACCUUUUCUCUGCGGGAAGUAGUAGCUACAGUAAAUGUUCACUUUCCUUUCCUUUAGCGCUAAAAGGCUUGACCAGUUGCCACCGUGUAGCACUGCUCAAGAUGUAAGUUCUAAUCUCUCCAUAUCUUCUUGCCAUGCUAUUGACCUAAUGCAGUGACAAGCGACACAUUGUCUGCUGUGAACUUUUCCCAGGACUUCUAUGGUAGAGAGUAACAACCCUCUUUCUAAGAACCACUCAUUUGCUGCUUUGUUAACAUUUUUAAAUGCCCUUUGCUCCGCAUGCUUGUCAUACUAAUCUAUAGUUCAUCUUGAAAUGUGUUUUCUAGGAUUUCCUUUUCAGCGUGGUCGUCGUCACAUGCCACAUAUUUCAUCCUUGGGCUACUCUCACUGUCAUGCCAUUCAUUUCAAACCGUUUGUGUUUUACCCUGACAAACCCAUUCAAGUGCAGAUAACUGUCAAUCAUAUGGAUACCAGUGACAAAUCGUAA